AGGUCUACUCAUGCUCAUGCUGUCACAGGUCGUACGAGUUUCGAUAUUCAAUAGUUUAUUAGUUUUUAGUGAGUUGGUCAUCGUCUCUGAUAACAUAAUUUAUCGGGAGAUGUACAUAUUUUGUUGGUACGACUGCAAGGCAAUGAACUCAUAAUUGAAUUACCAAAAUCGAACACGAGUGGAAUGAGUGUGAAUAGAAAGCUUUAAUUAAAAUAUAUAAAAACACCAAGGAGUUCCACUUUUCUUUUUAAGUAUCGAACGGAACACGCGAUUUUACGUUUAUUCUUUAACCACUAAUAACGCGCUCUUACAAAUACGAAAGCUGCGAACUAUACUGUAGGUGUGGUACGAGUAAUAUUUAACAUUUAUUAGCAAUUCUCUUGUAGCUACUUUCAUACACCAAACAGGUUAUUUAACAUAUGUCAGAUUCUCAUUACCAAAUUAGUGACUAAUUGAUAGACUUGGAAAAAGAACAAACUAAAUGAAAAACGGUGUUAGACAAUAACAAAACACGUGAAAAUGCGGUGGUAGUGAUGCGUUUAAAGGGGAAGAAUAAUACUAAAUCCUUUCACGGCGUCUACAAGGUGCUUUCUCGUAUAUGUCGGACUGCAGAUAAAGGACAACUUGAUGGUUUCAUGGCGGAUGGUGCAGUGCCACCAAUGAAGAAUGGGCAUAAUUGUAACACAAUGGGUUUUGCAACGCAAGUCGUGAAACAGACAUCUGAUGUGUCUAACAUUGUUUAUGCUGUAGGGCAGUAUGCUCCAAAAGUGUUACGGAACUUGAAUGCCCAAAGACAAAAAAACCAAUUCAGUGAUGUGGGUUUGGUUGCUGGUAGUAGCAUUAUUAGGGCUCAUAGAUCAGUUUUGGCUGCUGGAAGCCCAUAUUUUAAUGCCAUGUUUACCGGUGGCCUUGUGGAAGAGCAGCAGGAGUUAGUAGAGAUUCAUUCAGUGUCUGCUAAUAUUCUUUCCAUCCUGGUGGAUUUUAUUUACACUGGCAAUGUUGAUGUUACCCAAGACAAUGUUUUAGAAUUAUUUGCAGCUGCUGAUAUGUUAGAGAUAGAUGAAGUGGUAAUGGGUUGCAUUACAUAUUUAAGUCAACAACUCCACCCUUCAAAUGCUCUUGGGAUUUAUAGAUUUGCUGAAGCACAUAACAGAUUAGAUCUUUUGAAGACUGCCCUACAAUUUAUAGAAGUCAAUUUUCCUCAAGUAUCACAAGAGGAGGAAUUUUUGGAUCUGCCGAAAGAACGUCUCGUUCGUUUACUCAGUAGCGAUUAUAUUCAUAUCGAUACAGAGUUUCAGGUCUUCCAGGCUGCGUAUAGCUGGAUUAUACAUAAUAUAUCGAUGCGAAGAUGUUAUGUCUUCGAAAUAUUAAGUCACAUACGUUUGCGACUGUGUUCAUUAGCAAGAUUGGAACGCGUCAUAUCGGAGUGUAAAGAUGCGAGUCUGAUUGUCGCGUUAAGAUCAAUACAAAAAGAUUUAGCGUCGAAUCAAGGAUGUCUUGUGCCCCUUCAUGCACAACCUAGGGUUUGCGCUAAAAAGAAUAUUUUAGUGAUCGGCGGCUCACGAAGAGAGCACACAGCGUAUAGUUGGGGAAAAGCUGCUGAAAGUACUUAUCAAACGAUUGAGAAAUUUGAUAUAUUCACGGGGAAAUGGAGUGAAGUAGCCCCAAUGAAUAUAGGACGAAUACUACCAGGUGUAGCAUUAUUGGAUGGUAAAGUGUACGUGGUUGGUGGAGAGCUUGAAUCCUGCAUCAUUGCCAAUUGCGAACGUUAUGAUCCAUGUGAUAACGUUUGGACUAAGAAGAUAGCCUGUAUGGUGGAACCCAGGUGUGAAUUCGGUCUAUGUGCCUUGGAUAACAACUUAUACGCGUUUGGUGGUUGGGUUGGUACCGAUAUCGGUGGAUCCAUAGAAAUAUAUGAUCCAAAAACCAACACUUGGACAUUACAUGGACAACUUCCUGCACCUAGAUUUAGCAUGGGAGUUGUUGCUUAUGAAGGAUUAAUCUAUAUAGUGGGCGGCUGUACACAUAACAGCAGACAUCGACAAGAUGUGAUGAGCUAUAAUCCAGUGACCAAAGAAUGGAGAAACUUGGCUCCAAUGCUCACACCACGUUCACAAAUGGGAAUCUCUAUACUGGACGGAUAUAUUUACGUUGUCGGUGGUAUUAACAAAAAUCAACAGGUUUUGUUAUCCGUUGAACGAUAUUCUUUCGAUGAGAAUAAAUGGAGUACUGUAGCGCCCAUGAGCGUAGGGAGGUCGUAUCCGGCAGUUGCAGCAGCCGAUGGUAGAUUAUAUGUUAUAGGAGGUGAUCAAUCACACGAGAUAAAUUUUUAUCGAACUCAGAUCACAAUAUCCACUGUGGAAUGUUACGAUCCGCAUUCGAAUAAAUGGCACGAGUGUGCUUCAUUACCUACAAGUAGGGGUGAAGCAGCGGCAAUUGUUGCACCCUUUUGAUUGAAAAUUGGUUUUAAUAUCGAUGCAACGCGUUGAACGGAUUUUAUAUCAAAUUAUACUCGUGCGCGUUUCAUUUCGCAUUCCAGAAUGAUACUCGAGCGUAUAUUAUAUUUGCUUAGUCGUAAACUUGAUAUCAAACAAGAAACAUACACGUUUUUCGACUAUCCUCUUUUAUGUUGUAUAAAUAAAUAUCAUUCAACGCGUAUACAGACCCUCAAAAGUUCAGGAUUACGUAUUAAUUCAUGAGAAUAUACCUUCCAUAUCUAAUAGAUAUAUCUAAUAAAGGGGAUAGAGCAAUACUAACAAAAGAUACGAAAUACUAGGUUUGUACUAUCUACUAUUCUUUUCGUAUACCUUAAGUAUUAUUGGUAACAAUAUAUGAUGAAUAAAAGAUUUAUAACAAUGCAGAUACUAGUCUGCUUUGAUUUUUCGAUGUUAGUGAUGCCUUACUUGAAGAUAAGUGUUUCUUCAGGGUUACAGAUCCGUCAACUUUACAGAUCUUCUAGGUAACAUCAAUUUCAGUCUAUAUAUGUAUCAACAUUUUACAUAAUGAUGGAUGGGUUAUUAGUAAUUCCUGAUGAUUUCUUCUUAAAUAUAUGACUGAGGUCAUUAGAAAAUUACAUACCUUAAGUAUUAUUAGUGGUCCCAAGCUUUUGAGCAGAUCUGUAUACAAUCUAGAAUGUAUUUUUUUUUUAUAUAGAUUACGAUGUUAUAAAGUAUUUAGAUAUCAGUAGCAUUGUUAUUUUCAUUUUCUUAAUGGAUAUAAGAUGCAAUAGGAUUUGAGAAGAAAGAGAAAUGUUUGAUUAAAUAAGUGCUAUUUUCUGUGCCGUCGCUGGUAAAUUAUGUACACUGAUUUUGUGAAAAUGUUCAUUAUGUAUAUCUCGCGAUGAAAAUAGCCUAUUACGACUUUAAAAUAUUAAAAAAAAACUUUUUAGCGUGAAAAGAUUUUAUUAGUGUAGAAAUGACUGACAGCCUUCACAUUCUAUAGUCAUUUACCAAAGUUAUUGAGAAUACAAAAUGCAAUGCUCUAUUGUAAAUUUGAUUACACUACAACGAGAGAUAAAAGGAGAUAUAUUUCCGUAUAGCCUGUGUACAAAGAAGGUAGCGACAAGAAUGCAGUGAGAUGUACGUAAUUCUCCUUGAGAAUUGUAAAUUCCGAUUACGCGUGCUUGUGAUAUUUAUCAAUUUCGUUUCCUUUUCCCUUGAAUCUAUUGUAUACGUAAAUUUAAGUUACUUAUUCAUUUAACUGGUGUAAGGAGUAACAAAUACUUAAUAUCCUAAUGAUGUUAGGCUUCUUAUUUUUUUCUUCUGAACUCGGUGAAAGCAUUUUUGAAAGCGUGAACGAUGUUUUAUGGAAUCACAUAUAACAUAAUUAAUGUUACAUCGAAAGAUUUCGUUGAAAAGUUUUAUUACGGUUGAGUAUCAUUUUCUCGAGAUUGUGACUGGUGCUAAUACCAAAAUUGAAAUUUACGAAAUUACUUCAUUAUGCUGUACAGUUUAAGACCAAAUAUAAUUUUCAAAAAUCAAAGGCUUUGAACCUUGAAAUUCUAGAAACAUGCGACACGAAUGUUCUAUCUUCAUAGUAUAUAAAUUGCUCUUGCAAACUCAUGCAGUAAUAACAAGUACUUAGCUUGAUCAUUAUUUUUACAAAAUGUACAUAUUGUAUCAAUGUGAUUCUAUAAUCAACUAACUCUUUACGUUUUAAUAGUAAUUAAUGGCAUAAUAUACUAAUUAACAAUUUUAUGUACUUCUUAUACCAAAGUUUUUUUUUGUAAUGAAUCAUUUGUAUGAAGAUGGUAUAUAUUAGCACUACGAGAUAAAUUAUAGAAAAAUAGCUAGUAGUUUUCAUUUUUGUUGCACUAAUACGGCUGCUCAGACAAAAUAUUAUCCCCAUGAACAGAUACUGAAUGUUAUAUAUAUGCUUUGUUCUAUUCAAAUAUAACAUUUGUUUAUCAUUAUCUUUAAUAUCGUCGAAUUAUUCGUUUAUAGAAUAUUUUGUUACAAAUAUACAAACAGUUUAUUUCAAGUA